CAGGCGUCUUUAUGAGGUCAAGGUCGUCAGGGAGUUACGGUACUUCCUAAUCCUGAAGAAUUUAUUCAUUUCUUGGAAAUGAACCCUACUUUCCAUCUUUUUAAUGCUACAAACACAGUGACAAUACAUACAAUUCUCGACGCCUUUUUAUCGAUACCUUGGAAAGACGAAAUAUGGCUUGUUUCUGUGAUGGUAUUCCACUUAAUCACACCAAUAUGUUUAAUUCCACUUCGCAGUUUCACAAGUUUGCUUCUGUGUGUUCUGUUUUUCUUGCUUGGUACUGUUUGGUGUUCAGAUUGGAUUAAUGAAGUCGCUGCUAAUCAUUGGAACUCAUUUGCUACUGAGCAGUAUUUCGACAGUAGUGGGUACUUCCUGUCGUGCAUUUGGAGCAUACCAGCCAUUCUCAACAGUUUAAUAAUUACUGUUUUGCUUUUCCUACAGGUGAAUACUCUACUUGUACAAUGCAAGCGCCUUCAAGUGGCACAUCAGCAACAUGCGAAGAAAGAUUAAUAUAUAUGCAUCUAUAUUUCAACUUUUUUAUUGGAAGUGAACUGGCUAUUUUUAGAUGUUUUGAUACUUCUUAACGUAUGACAAUAGUUAUUUUCACUGUUAUUUUAAUAUAUUUUCUUAAAAUGUAGAGUUGAAUGUUCGUUUAACAUUAAAAC